AUGUUUAAAAAGUACGCUCCCGUCUUAUUCUCCAACGAUGAGGUAGCAGGGCAGAAUCAGCUCAAAGCAUCUGUUCAGCGCAAAAUUCGGCAAUCCAUAGCCGAGGAGUACCCAUCUCUGGACUCAGUCUUGGAGGACCUGCUACCAAAAAAGUCUCCCAUUGUGAUUGCCAAAUGCCCCAACCACGUGAGUAUCGUGGUCAUGAAUAAUGUUCCCCUCUUCUUCAAUGUGAGGGACGGUCCCUUCAUGCCCACGCUCCGCCUGCUGCAUCAAUACCCAGACAUGAUGCGCAAGAUGCAGGUGGAUAGGGGCGCGAUCAAGUUCGUGAUGUCAGGGGCCAACAUCAUGUGCCCGGGUCUCACCUCCCCUGGGGGGAAGAUGGACGACGGCAUUCCUACUGACUCCCCCGUGGCCAUAUUCGCCGAGGGCAAGGAGAACGCUCUCGCGAUUGGAUACACCAAGAUGUCGUCAGAUGACAUGCCGCCUCAUGACCCCUCUCUGGUAUUCCUCUGCAAGGUCUUUUUCUCCUUUAUUCAAUUGCUCCCCUACAUCUGCAUCAAGGGCGUAGGCAUCAACCACUCACCUCAUCCCAUGUGCUCUCCAUUCAUCCCUCUCUCCAAUGCCUCUUCUCCAGUCGCAAGAUCAACAAGGGCAUAG